GGCGAAAGAGCGCGUCUGACCUGGCAGCCCAGCUGCCGGGAGUAUCCUGUACCGUGGACCUUGCUGGCUCUCGGAGCUUCUCCUGCGCUUCUCGCCGACCCAUUGGGCCCCUGCAGCCCGGAAAGGAGGCUAUUCCGGACCGGGCGCCCGCUCCACAAGGCGAACCUGCAACCCGGAAAGGCGGCGCGGCGGAAUCCAGAGCCGGAUCCUGCUCUGACCGGGCCCCGCGGGCCGGUGCCGCGGGCAUGUCGGAGGCGCGGAAGGGGCCGGACGAGGCGGAUGAGAGCCAGUAUGACUCGGGUAUCGAGUCUCUGCGCUCUUUGCGCUCCCUGCCCGAGCCCACCCCGGCGCCAGCCUCUGGGCCCUCGGAUGGCGGCGACUCCCAACCCUGGACCCAUCCUCCGGGAACAGCCAAGGGAACACAGGAGAAGGAAGACACGGAUGGGGAGCGAGCUGACUCAACCUAUGGCUCCUCGUCGCUUACCGAGUCCCUGACCUUGUUGGGGCGCCCUGAGACCGAGGUCCCAGCCCCAAGCUCGUCGCUCCCCUCCACGGGGGCUCUGAGCCCUCAACAGCUGGAAGCACUCACUUAUAUCUCCGAGGACGGAGACACGCUGGUCCACCUGGCGGUGAUUCACGAGGCCCCGGCUGUGCUGCUCUGUUGCCUGGCUUUGCUGCCCCAGGAGGUCCUGGACAUUCAGAACAACCUUUACCAGACAGCACUCCAUCUGGCUGUACAUCUAGACCAGCCAGGUGCAGUUCGGGCCCUGGUGCUGAAGGGGGCCAGCCGAGAGCUACAGGACCGGCACGGUGACACUGCCCUGCAUGUGGCCUGCCAGCGCCAGCACCUGGCUUGUGCCCGCUGCCUCCUGGAGGGGCGGCCAGAGCCAGGCAGAGGUCCAGCUCACUCCCUGGACCUCCAGCUGCAAAACUGGCAAGGUCUGGCCUGUCUCCACAUCGCUACCCUGCAGAGGAACCAGCCACUCAUGGAACUGCUGCUUCAGAACGGAGCAGACAUUGACGUGCAGGAGGGCACGAGUGGGAAGACGGCACUGCACCUGGCCGUGGAGACCCAGGAGCGGGGCCUGGUGCAGUUCUUGCUUCAGGCGGGUGCCCGAGUAGAUGCCCGCAUGCUCAAUGGAUGCACACCCCUGCACCUCGCGGCGGGCCGGGGCCUCAGCAGCAUCUCGUCCACUCUGUGCGAGGCAGGUGCCGACUCCCUGCUGCGGAACGUGGAGGAUGAGACUCCCCAGGACCUGGCUGAGGACCCUCUUGCUCUUUUGCCCUUUGAUGACCUGAAGAUCUCUGGGAAGCCACUGCUGUGUGCUGACUGAAACCAGGGCAGAGUCUGGGGCCCCAGAGGCUCCACCUCUUCCCACCUGGAAGCUGGAGCUACAGCUGCUGCAGUUUGGGUCCAUGCAAUGUGUCCUUGUGGUGUCCUGGGGACUGCUAAGGCCAGAGCCUAGGGCUAGCACAGUCCUGAGCUGCAAAGAGGCAUCGCAAGUGAGAGAGAGCCAGUUUGGAAGGAAGAGCUUCCCAGAUGGACAGAGAUUCUUGGAAGACCCCUGCCAAAGCCCCAGGUAUCCUGGGCGAAGCCUGUUUGCCUCUCUAGAAGAUGACAGGGGCUCUUGUUUCUACCUGUGUUGGGUCAGCCAGAAAUUGCCAACCAGUAGGAAAACAUGGACUUUGCAGAGUAAGGAGAGAAACUGAAAUUUGAGCAGUGUGGUCCCCUCUGGAAGGGACCUGACGUGGUCCAUCUCAUUGCUGUUGAGGAUUUUUAAGCACUGUUGUUUAAAAACUUCACACAGAAGGCCCUGAACUGAGCCUUUGGGGAAGUGGAAGUUUCAAUAACAUGACACUAAAAUGGCACAGACUUUAAAAAAUGUUCCCCCCAAAGAUGUUAUGUGUGCAUGCAUUGGGGAUUUUUAGACAGGCUGCCCUGUGACCUUGUAGAGGCACAGAGAAGGAAACUGUCACUUGAGCAUGGUAGGAUCUUGUUAGGUAGGGUAGGGAUCUAACAGUCCUCAGGCCUCUAUGUCAGCACAGACCCUUGCUCUUUCUGCAGAAAUGCAGAGGUAUGGAGCAAGAAAAGGAGACAUGAGAAGACACAGGUGGGAGGCCUCACCACUGCCCAGAAGGUUGCCAAGUCUGGACGGAGGGGCUCUCCUAUGGAGGGUGACACCAGGGAGCUGUGGCUUUUUAUGUGUUUUCUCUCAUUCCACACAUGUCACAGGGCCCUGUUAGAUGAAUAUGGUCAAUAUGAAUAUGGGAGAAUAAACCCAGUCUGGCCACUUGGA